AUGGUUGGCAAGCACAGUGGUGGUGGCGGGAGCCUUUCCCGCCUCCACGGCAACGCUAAGAAGCAGGCAGAAAAGACUGAAGUUCUGAGUGAAGACCUCCUUCAGGUGGAGAAGCGCCUGGAGCUGGUGAAGCAAGUUUCCCACAGCACGCACAAGAAGCUCACCGCGUGUCUCCAGGGCCAGCAAGGUGCCGAGGCUGACAAGCGCUCCAAAAAAUUGCCUCUGACGACACUGGCCCAGUGUUUGAUGGAAGGGUCAGCUAUCCUGGGAGAUGACACACUUCUUGGGAAGAUGCUGAAACUCUGUGGGGAGACAGAGGACAAGCUGGCACAGGAGCUGAUUCAUUUUGAAUUGCAAGUAGAGAGAGAUGUGAUCGAGCCCCUGUUUUUACUGGCGGAGGUGGAAAUCCCAAAUAUUCAAAAACAGAGGAAACAUUUAGCAAAGUUGGUGCUGGACAUGGACUCCUCACGAACAAGGUGGCAGCAGACUUCCAAGUCUUCAGGGUUGUCCAGCAGCUUGCAGCCUGCGGGUGCCAAAGCUGAUGCCCUCAGGGAAGAAAUGGAGGAGGCUGCCAACAGAGUGGAGAUUUGCAGGGGUGAGCCUCAGCUUGAACUAACUGACCCCAGCUUGCCGGCCAGCGUCUGCAAAGAGCCGGGCAUGAAUCCUGAGAGCUGGGGCUCUGAGGGUGACAUAGACAGGUGGGCAGCAGGGCUGAUCAUUGGUGUUCCUGCCUGGUAG